GGAGAGCUCGGGAGACCAUGUCCAGCGGCAGCAGCUGCAGCCAGACCCCAAGCCGGGCCAUCCCCGCCACUCGCCGGGUGGUCCUCAGCGACGGCGUGCACCUGCCGCCCGGGGACUACAGCACCACCCCCGGCGGCACGCUCUUCAGCACCACCCCAGGAGGUACCAGGAUCAUCUACGACCGGAAGUUCCUAAUGGAGUGUCGGAACUCACCUGUGACCAAAACGCCCCCGCGGGACCUGCCCACCAUUCCCGGGGUCACUAGCCCUGUGGGUGAUGAGCCCCCUACAGAAGCCAGCCGGGACCACCUGAGCAGCAGCCCAGAGGACAAGCCGGCAGGCGGUGAAGAGUCACAAUUUGAGAUGGACAUUUAA